ACAAAAACGUCAUAGGUAAGGAAACUUACCUGACUUGGCAUCUGAUCUUCAGUGAUGGACUCAGAGGCAACCUCGGUUUAUUUGGAUUAUUACUAUGCUACAAGCCCAAACCCUGACAUCAGGGAGCCCCGCUCCCAUGUUCGUUAUACCUCUGUCUUCCUUCCCAUCUUUUACACAGCCGUAUUCCUGACUGGAGUGUUGGGGAACCUCAUCCUCAUGGGUGCGCUGCAUUUCAAACACGGCAGCCGAAGACUGAUCGACAUCUUUAUCAUCAACUUGGCUGCCUCCGACUUCAUUUUCCUUGUCACGUUGCCCCUCUGGGUGGAUAAAGAAGCAUCUUCAGGACUGUGGAGGACGGGCUCUUUCCUGUGCAAAGGCAGCUCCUACAUAAUCUCAGUCAACAUGCACAGCAGUGUCUUCUUGCUCACUUGCAUGAGUGUGGACCGCUACCUGGCCAUCGUGUGCCCUGCCAUAUCCAGGAAAUUCAGAAGGAGAGACUGUGCAUAUGGAAUCUGUGCCAGCAUCUGGUUUAUCUCCGGCCUCCUGGGGUUGCCCACCCUUCUGUCCAGGGAGCUCACGCUGAUUGAGGAUAAACCAUACUGUGCAGAGAAGAAAGCAACUUCAAUUAAACUGACUUGGGCCCUGGCAGCCUUGAUUUUCACCUUUUUUGUCCCUUUGCUGAGCAUUGUGACCUGCUACUGUUGCAUCACAAGGAAGCUGUGUGCCCAUUAUCAGCAGUCAGGAAAGCAUAACAAAAAGCUGAGGAAAUCCAUAAAGAUCAUCUUUAUUGUCGUGGCAGCCUUUGUCAUCUCCUGGCUGCCCUUUAAUACUUUCAAGCUCCUGGCCAUUGUCUCCGGGUUGCAGCAAGAACUCUAUUUGUCCCCAGCCAUUCUUCAGCUAGGCAUGGAGGUGAGUGGGCCCUUGGCAUUUGCCAACAGCUGUGUCAACCCUUUCAUUUACUAUGUCUUUGACAGCUACAUCCGCCGGGCCAUAGUGCACUGCUUGUGCCCUUGCCUGAAGAACUAUGACUUUGGAAGCAGCAUCGAGACAUCAGAUAGUCAUCUCACUAAGGCUCUCUCCAACUUCAUUCAUGCAGAGGAUUUUGCAAGGAGGAGAAAGAGGUCUGUGUCACUCUAAAACGAACUGUGACAUUUCAAGCUCUGUU